AGGCUGUCACCGCAAUGCUUAGCGGACUUGAUGUGCUGGGUGGUAAGCAAGGUACGCAGGUACAUCAAUGCCUUAAUUACUCUGCAGCCUAGAGGGGCAGUCCGCUGAGCCAAGUUUCCCAAUAGUGGGUGGUGCAUGUGAUGUAUCGCCCCUCUAAGCCAAUCGUUCCCCAAGGUGCCCGCGGUGCCCUCUGUAAACCUUGAACCGACGCGGAGACGCUUUCUCCAUCGUCCUACAACUCGGAUCGCCUCCUUUCUCCAUUAUCUCCAUUCCCAAUUCCCCCUACGAUUACCUGACUUUCUCACACUCACACGAAUAAGCCCGUUCGCUCCUCUCGAACUCGACGUCCUCGGUUUAUCUACAAAUUACCUACGAACCGACGACAACUAGACUCCGCGACUACACCUUUCCGCUACCCCUCUCACCCCUCAAACUCCGCCGUAAGUCGAAGCCGGAUCUCCCCUCCCAUCGCCUAGACCGCCUUCAAAGGCGACAUCUGUGAUCGACGACUAACACCACAACUCCAGAAAAUGAAGUUGCACUACAUCGGAAUCCUCCGCAAUGACAGCAAGCCCGCCGUCGAGCUCUGCAGCGAGAUGGAGCUGUCCGCAUACUCCCGGUUCACUAGAAACAGCUACGCCGAGUUCAUGAGCCUAUUCUCUAAGAAGGUGGCCGAGUCGACGCGCCCUGGCCAGAGGCAAGAUAUCGAGGAGGGCGAUAACACAUUCCACUGCGUGGGAAGAAGCGAGGGUAUCUGUGGCGUUAUCAUUUCCGAUCACCAAUAUCCGAGUCUCGUCGCUCACCAGCUUCUCUCCAAGAUCGUCGACGAGUUCCUCACCAAGCACCCGCGCUCCACAUGGGCGACGGGCGAACCCAAGCUCGUCCUCCCCGAGCUCAAGGAGUACCUGACGCGGUACCAAGACCCGCAGCAGGCCGACUCGAUUCUCAAGAUCCAAAAGGAGCUCGACGAGACCAAGAUUGUGCUACACAAGACCAUCCAGAGCGUCCUGGAGCGCGGAGAAAAAAUUGACGACCUGGUGGCCAAGAGCGACGGCCUGAGCUCCCAGAGUAAGAUGUUUUAUCAGCAGGCCAAGAAGCAAAACUCGUGCUGCAUCGUCAUGUAAAAACAAAGAAGUCGUGCCCUCCUUUUUGUUAUCGCCCGCCUUGUGCCUUCUCUCACCUGAGUUGAUUGUCGUUAAACCGUCUGGCGUUGGAUCCCCUCUUGGAACUCUGUCUCAGCAUAAACAUUCGCUCAGUGUUCAACGCUCGCUACUUCAGGAUUCGCAAGCAAAGAACGACUGCCCUUUUUUGCUUUUUGCUUUUGCAACAACGUCGGGGGAAGGGGCUUCUUACACUACCUACCAUAGCGGGAUGAUGAGAAGGCAGGAUAGCAAGGCCCAGUGUUCAUAGUUUCUCCCUAACCCGGCCACCACUCCAGUCUCCAGUAGCGAGACAAAAUCGACGGCUAGAGUUUUUAGGAUUAAUACAAAUCUUUCCUUUCUGUUGCA